AUGUCUACCGGUAGACACAUUCAGAGUACCAGACUGUCACAGUUAAGUCAUUUGUGUCGAGGACAGUAUCAGACUGGAAAUGUCAUGUCAUAUCAUUGGUCAUUUUCAGAGAUAACAUCCAAAGACGACAUUACAAUUAUAUAUCUCUAUAUACAGAAGCUGCAGAAUUUUAUCUCCGAUGUUUAUGUAAACCUAGUAGAAGAAAUGCAUUCAACAGUGCACAGUUUGUUAGAUGGAGGAGACAAAGCUUCAGAGAAAACAUAUGAUGUAACCAAUGAUCAAAAGUAUUUUUUUGCAAUUGAAUCAACUGAAGAAGGAGACUAUGAAAAAGCAAAUCAGCUUUAUUUAGAAAGAAUAUCAAAGUUCAAGAAAAAUCCAGAUUUUUGGCUUGAUUAUGCACUAUUCUGCAUGCAAACUAGUGACACAGCACAAGCAAGAGAAUCUAUCAGAGAAGCUCUUUCCUUGGACAUCAGGCAUCCAAUUGGGUUAUUACUGUAUGGUAUAUUUCAUUCAACAAAUGGUGAUCGGCAGGAAGCAGAGCUAUUCUUUGGGGCUGCCAUUUAUUUCCACCCUCGUAUUAUGGAAGCAUGGAUAAUAUUACACUUGUUCUAUGUAAGCAUUGAAAAGAAUGAAGGUGCUGAUAUUGCCCUAAGGAAAGCAAAGAAACUUAUGACCCAGUAUAGAGAGGAGCUGAAUUACCUAUAUAUGUCAAGUGAGCCUUUGGCAUGGUCACCAACAGCAAUGAAGGAUGAAUCAGUGUUCCUGUUAACUGCAAAACUUCUGCUGCAACUUCAUGCAUAUCAGUUUUCAGAACUGGCCUUGUCACAAGAGCUCUUACUGCAUGGGACUUCCACUGCUUACAGAUACUAUUUAUCUGUUGGACAUUACUUAUCAGGGCGGUAUGAUGAUGCCAUAUCACAUCUGCAACAAAUUGUUGAUGGAGAUUUCAAGUCUUCUUUCCUGAACUUGCCUCUUAGUGGCUGUCCAGAUCAGAUAUCAUUGUUUAUAAUGGCCUGCCUUGAUUCAUUUGCUCCAUUGUACCAUUUAGAAGAGUUGUGUGUGUUCAUGUAA